GGAAUAUAUAGAGCGGAAAGUGAAGUUGGUCCACAUUUUAACGCUGACUGCGGAAACUGUUGUUAAUCCCACCACUCCUCAUAGGCUAUCAAGAACAUCGCAAUGUAGGCCUUCACCCAUGGUGAAUAAGUAUCCAAACAGAAGGCGCUCCAAGUCACGUGAACAGUGUAAGCUGGAGGCAGAAAACAUCUGAUGAGGUCGAUCAUUUUGGUGAAGUAUAUAUUGCGGGAGGCAUUUUCCUUGACAACAUGGCAGUGGUAGUGCAUGAGCUGGAUGUACCGCGCCGAAAUAACUGCUGUUCGGCUGAGUUUGCCUGUCCGCACUUCACGCUUGAACACGACAAUCCCGUGUUGUUUCUACAACCUCAGGUGAGAAAGUUCCACAUCUCAUAUGUAAUCUACCGUUGCCUGGCGGCUUUGUAUUUCAUCAUCAUCUUCAUCUAUAACGUCUCCACGUACGAGCAUGGCGCCAAAUACCUCAUCUUUAUCUCCAACUGGUCGUACAUUACUCUGACCUUGCACCUGGUGAUACUGGCUCUUACCUCCACGACAUCGUAUCUCAAGUUUAAAAGAGAAGCAGGGUAUGCUACAAGUGCCUGCAACUCACAUAUGCACGGUUAUCUGAAACUUUCCUGGGCAUUGUUUAACAUAGCCACGAACAGCGCGCUGUGUAUGAUGGUUUUGUACUGGAUUCUGGUCUACAGAGCGGAGACAACCAAACUCAACAUUACGACCGUCAGCGCUCAUCUCUUGAACGCCAUGGUGGUUCUUGUCGAUCUGUUCGUCGUCGCCAUACCAGUCCGUUUACUGCACAUGUACAUACCAAUGGUUUAUGCAACAGUUUAUUUGAUAUUUGCCCCAAUAUACUGGGCCGCAGGGGGGUCGAAUACAGCGGACGAAUACAAUCAUAUAUGCUCGCCGAUGGAAUAUACGAAUAUACCCGAAGUCGCUGCGGCGGAGUCGAUUGCGAUAGUUGUGCUAGUGAUUCCUCUAAUGCAUUCGGUUGUGUUCUGUCUGUAUAAAUUGCGCCUAUGCAUUUACGGUGUUGCAGGAGUGGAGUACAUUUUACAAAAUCAAACUCAGCAGCAAGAUGCGUUGCCUCAACAGGCGUCUGUAGCAGUUAAUGCCAAAGAAAGGGCGACUUUUGACCAUACACCCAUAAUUGUCUAAUGAAAACUGGUAGACUUCUUGCAAAUCCUAUUUAUA